CAAAAGGCGUGCAGCACAUCGUUUUGGCCUCAUCUGACGAACCUACCUUCUCAUCCAACGGUUCUUAUUAAAACAAUCCGACGGCUUUCACUUACCCAGUUCCUUGUUAUAUAUCGAACGAGACCAUCAGAUUCAUCAGCUACUCUCGCGUUCACUAAAACCCUCGAACUCAUCGCCCUUUAUCGUUCCUUUCGUCUCUCUCUAGAUCUUCUCGACCUUUUAAGCCAUGGCUACCAUCACCGGUGUUAAAGCUAGACAGAUCUUCGACAGCCGUGGAAAUCCCACCGUCGAGGUCGAUGUACACACAUCCACUGGUGUCAAGGUUACAGCUGCUGUUCCGAGUGGAGCUUCCACUGGAAUCUACGAGGCUCUUGAGCUGAGGGAUGGAGGAUCAGACUACCUUGGAAAGGGUGUCUCUAAGGCUGUUGGCAACGUGAACUCUAUCAUCGGCCCGGCAUUGAUCGGAAAGGACCCAACUCAGCAGACUGCUAUUGACAACUUCAUGGUUCAUGAGCUUGAUGGAACCCAAAACGAGUGGGGAUGGUGCAAGCAGAAGCUUGGAGCCAAUGCUAUUCUCGCUGUGUCUCUUGCCGUCUGCAAAGCUGGUGCCGUUGUCAACGGUAUCCCGCUCUACAAGUGCAGCACAUCGCCAAUCUUGCUGGUAACCCUAAGAUUGUGCUACCAGUUCCAGCCUUCAACGUCAUUAACGGUGGAUCCCAUGCAGGAAACAAGCUUGCUAUGCAGGCAUGAGUUCAUGAUUCUCCCCGUUGGUGCUUCAUCUUUCAAGGAAGCUAUGAAAAUGGGUGUGGAAGUUUACCACAACUUGAAGUCUGUGAUUAAGAAGAAGUACGGCCAGGAUGCCACAAACGUCGGUGAUGAAGGUGGCUUUGCACCAAACAUUCAGGAGAACAAGGAAGGUCUCGAGCUUCUGAAGACUGCUAUUGAGAAGGCUGGAUACACUGGCAAGGUUGUCAUCGGAAUGGAUGUUGCCGCUUCUGAGUUCUACUCAUCUGACAAGACCUACGACUUGAACUUCAAAGAAGAGGUGGGAUUUCUUUUUACCUUAUUUAAUCUCUUCCUCUUUCAGUGUGAAACGCAAGAACAAAGCUCUCAACUUGUAGCUCCUGCUCUGUUUGUUUCCCUGCAGAACAACAACGGUUCUCAGAAGAUUUCUGGAGACGCUCUUAAGGACCUGUACAAGUCCUUUGUUGCUGAGUACCCAAUUGUGUCCAUCGAGGACCCCUUUGACCAAGAUGACUGGGAGCACUAUGCCAAGAUGACCACCGAGUGUGGAAACGAGGUUCAGAUUGUCGGUGAUGAUUUGUUGGUCACCAACCCAAAGAGAGUUGCAAAGGCGAUCGCAGAAAAGUCCUGCAAUGCUCUUCUUUUGAAGGUUAACCAAAUCGGGUCAGUAACUGAGAGUAUUGAGGCAGUUAAGAUGUCGAAGAGAGCAGGAUGGGGAGUGAUGGCCAGCCACAGGAGUGGUGAAACCGAGGACACCUUCAUUGCUGACUUAUCAGUUGGCUUGUCCACUCUUUUGCGUAUCGAGGAGGAGUUGGGAUCAGAGGCAAUCUACGCUGGACUUAACUUCCGCAAGCCUGUGGAGCCAUACUAGAAGUGCUGCAGCAGCCUUUUAUAAGCAAAAUGGUCUUCUUUGUGACGAGAAGAUGAGAUUUGAGUUUGGUCGUUUUGCUUAAAUAAAACAGUUUAUGUUUUGCUUCUCUUUGUUGGUUUUUUUGCUCUGAUUGUUGAACCCUUUUUCGGGGAAAGACUUGCUCAUUUCUGUAAGAGAACCCGAGGUAGAGCUCUGCCUUUAUUGAGGUCUACUUCUUUUAUAAUCCACUUUCGGCUUUUACUCUCGAUUCGUCUGUCAUUCUUACCAUCUCCAAUAUCAUAUAAUUUGGUUUUGUUUGCAAAUUGGUUUUAUGUUUCGGCUUUCAUUCUAUUAAACAAAAAACAAAGAAACGUGAUAAUAAUUUUUUUUUCAAAUUGUUUUGAUGCAAAGAAGAUUAUUCUUGUAAUGCAA